CUGCAAGUUCUGCAGAGAGCUCCAGGUUUGCGACUUUCUUCACUGUCACGCAGGCUGAGCUGGGCUUUUUGGAGAUGCGACAGCCUCUGAGUCAGCCUGGUUCCUUUAAGCAAACCCUCACGCACGUAUACUUCUGUAAGUAUCCCCAAUGAGCUCACUGGUUUGUCAAAUUGGACUUGGCGUGUUCAUUGCUUUUCUUUAACCCUGGUAUCCGGUCUGGGGUGAAUAGACAUCUUUUGAUGCCCUUCCAGGAAAAGUCACCUUCCUUCCUUGGAAACUUUCUAAAAGGUGCCUGUUGUGAAUGACCACAAAGAGACAUCCAGUUCUCUCCAGGAGAUCAGACUUAGAGCUGUCUGGAAGAAGGCCCACAGCUGUUGGAAAGUGCAGGUGAGAAAACUUUGCCUGGGAGUCUGCACAACUUGGAGUGAACAAGAUGGACACCAAUAUCUCUCUCCUCAUGAACAUGUCUACAGGGAACCUCAUGAAUGUGUCUGCAAGGACCCAGUCAGCAUCUGCUGGCUACAUUGCUCUGAAUGUCUUCUCAUAUUUGAUGUUUGCAGUCACCUUUGUCCUUGGAGUGCUGGGCAAUGGGCUUGUGAUCUGGGUGGCUGGCUUCCGCAUGGUACGCACAGUCACCACCAUCUCUUACUUGAACCUGGCCAUUGCUGACUUCUGCUUCACCUCCACUUUGCCAUUUUUCAUCACCUCCAGGGCCAUGGGAGGACAAUGGCCAUUUGGUUGGUUCAUGUGCAAGUUCAUAUUUACCAUAAUAGACAUCAACCUGUUUGGAAGUGUCUUCCUGAUCGCCCUCAUAGCACUAGACCGAUGUAUUUGUGUCCUGCAUCCAGUCUGGGCUCAGAAUCACAGAACUGUGAGUCUGGCCAAGAAAGUAAUCAUUGGACCCUGGAUGUGUGCUUUCCUACUUACCUUGCCAGUUAUCAUUCGUGUCACUACAAUCCCUGAUAAACCUAGGCCAGGGGAAACAGGCUGCGCUUUUGACUUCUCCCCAUGGACCACAGAUCCUGUAGAGAAGCAGAGGGUGAACAUCACCAUGUUCACCAUCAGAGGAAUCAUCAGGUUCAUCAUUGGGUUCAGCAUGCCCAUGUCCAUUGUUGCCAUUUGCUAUGGGCUCAUAGCCACUAAAAUCCACAGGCAAGGCCUGAUCAAAUCUAGCCGUCCCCUGCGGGUCCUCUCUUUUGUCGUGGCUGCCUUUUUCCUCUGCUGGUGCCCAUUUCAGGUAGUGGCCCUUAUAUCCACAAUCAGAAUCCGUGAACGCUUGAGUGGUAUGACUCCAAACCUCCAAAUUGCAGUGAAUGUCACAAGUUCCUUGGCUUUCUUCAACAGCUGCCUCAAUCCAAUGCUCUACGUCUUCAUGGGCCAGGACUUCAGAGAGAGACUAAUCCACUCCCUGCCUGCCAGUCUAGAGAGGGCCCUGACCGAGGACUCAGCCCAGACCAGUGACACAGGCACCAAUUUGGGCAACAAUUCCUCUUUACCUUCUGAAGACAAUGUACAGGCAAUGUGAAGAAAGGGCUCCAACUUCAAGCUUCAUCUGCUUUGAGUUCCACUGUGCUAUAGACAUUCCCUGCUGACCUUCGAGCUACGCACUCAAUUGAAAAACUUGAGAUGACUUUUGGACUUUUGUACCUCAAUCUGAGCUGGUCAAUAAAGAGAAAAGACAAAAAGACCAUA